AUGCAGAAUCAGACAGCUGACACAGUUGCAGAAGCGUUCUUUGCAGGUUGGAUAGCCAGAUUCGGCGUUCCAGAGACUGUCCCAACUGAUCAAGGUCGUCAGUUUGAAUCUGAACUUUUUUCUUCUUUGACUAAGUUUUUGGGAACACAGAAAACCAGGACGGUAGCUUAUAAUCCAAAGUGUAAUGGAGCUAGUGAAAGGUUUCAUAGAAUCCUGGAAAAUGCAAUUAAAUGCGACCUAACUGAGCGCUGGAUGGAAGUUUUACCAACAGUUUUGUUGGGCAUUCACUCAAGUUUAAAGGAAGAUAUUGAUUGUACACCAGUUGAAAUGGUGUAUGGUUGUUCGAUACGCCUUCCAGGUGAAUUUUUUCACAACUCUUUUUCUAAACCUGCAACAUCUCAUUCUGAUUUUUCACAGAAACUUCUAGAAAAACUUAGAGAUUUGCGCCCUGUUCCUCUGAAUACUCGUGGUGUCACCCGUCCAAUCUUCAUCAGUAAAGAUCUACAGACUUGUAGCCAAGUUUUUGUCAGAAUAGACAGUGUUCGACGUCCUUUGGAACAGCCCUAUAAAGGCCCAUUUAAAGCAAUUUCACGAACUAACAAAUUUUUUGUUUUAGAUCUUGAAGGACAGAAAUCUAGUGUUUCAAUCGACAGAUUAAAACCUGCCUAUUUUCUAUCUGAUGAAGUUGCAGAUUCCACCAACCAGUCUCUCAUGGUAAAGACAGAAGUAACUACAAGGUCUGGAAGGAAAGUUAGAUUUGUCCUGCCAUUCCAAGCCUAA